AUGACAACUCGCAAGAGAAAGGAUACUGCGGAGAAGCUUGUAGCUCUUCCCAGUGACGAGAGUGAAGAGGAAGAAGAGUCAGUAGCUCUAUUCUUGCGUCUACAUUGGUUUUAUCCAAUUCGCCCGUGCCAUUAUGCGCAGAACCUUAUUGCGAUUGUGCUUACAUACGAAGAUUCCGAGCCCGAGAUCGUGAGUGGCGAGGACGGAGAAGAAGAUGAAGAGGAUGCCUCUGACGAUGAUGAUGACGAUGAGGAAGAGGAAGUGCCUGAAGCACCCCCGGCUGCUAAAAAGCAGAAAACGAAGCCUGUUGCCGAUGAAGAUGCCAAGGUUGAUAAUGAAGGAAAAUAUGAGCCCACUGGGGAAAAGGAUGAAUUGGAAGAAGAAGAGGAAGAAGAAGAAGAAGAGGGCAACGAGGAGGAGAGUGAGACUGUUGAAAUUAGCGGUCCUGCCAAAGCCGCAGUUGAGGCCAAAGGCCAUGUUGUUCCCAAGGAAUCGGAUCUUCCUGAGAUUGAGGAUGCCUUGGAGGACUAA